AUGAAGUAUUCCGUCCUCCUCGCUCUGGUGCCCCUGGUGCUGGGGUCCAAUUCCCACGUCCACCAGUCGCCCAUUGGCAAUCACUACGUGCCGGUGGUCAACGAAAAGACGUCGCUCACGCUGCUCUACCAAAACAAUCUCAAUGCGUCGGACGAUUCCAACCAUGUCGGGGCCAUUCUGCUGGAUCGCAUGCACCAGUAUGAUAUCCGCGAGGCGUGUCAGGAGAUCGGGGAGACAAUGAUCUCCAACCAAACACUCGAAGACCAUAAAGACGACUUCAAGCACCUGUUCUCGUACCUCGUUCACUCGGGCAGAGCAAAUUCAACCAACAGCUAUUACAUUCGCAAUGGCCUUCUCUCGGUAACGCGAGACUCCGACCAGUUCCAGGUCCUGCCCUACCCGGGUCGCGACUUCAAACUUCCAGUCUUAUGCACCCAGAGUGCUUCGACAAACUCGCUCAGUGCGCCGGCCGACAGAAAGCAUGCGACUCAGUCCGGAGAACUGCGGAUCGUAUCGGAGGGAAACUCGUAUAUUGGGUUCCGGGACCAGAAAUCGUUUCGCUUCUUAGGAAUCCCCUAUGCCGAUCUGCCGGAGCGAUUCGCCUAUUCGACCCUUUAUUCUCCCAAAUCGAAAACUAUCCACGCGACAAAAUACGGCGCAAGUUGCGCCCAGGCGAGAGGGGGCAGCGAGGACUGUCUCUUUUUGAACGUUCAAACCCCGUACAUUCCCAGAAAAAACUCCAAGGAGGGCUUGAAGCCCGUUUUAUUCUGGAUUCAUGGCGGCGACUUCACCGAUGGGUCUGGUGCCGACAGUGUGACCGACGGCGGCAAUUUGGCUUCGCGCGAGGAUAUCGUGGUGGUGACGUUCAACUAUCGACUCUCCACUUUGGGUUUCCUGGCUGUCCCGGGGACAGACCUCCAAGGCAACUACGGCUUGAGCGACCAAAUCCUCGCUCUCGAGUGGACGGCUAAAAACAUUGCCCAGUUCGGUGGUGACCCUAACCGCAUCACGAUCGUCGGUGAAUUUGCUGGUGCCGCGUCCGUGAGAGCAUUGUUGGACUCGAAUCCUGCGUCGGGGAAGUUUCACGGCGCCAUUGCCAUGUCGAAUCUCGGUGGUGGCAUUGGGCUGGGCCAUGAAAGCGACUUUUCAACGCCGUACAGCUCAUAUAUGACAAUCGAGGAAUCGUACAAUGCCACGGGAAAGCAGGUGCUUGUGGAAGCAGGUUGCACUACUGGCACCCCCGAGCAACAAGUCGCAUGCUUGAGAAGGGCUCCAGCAUCGACCCUUGUUGGGCUGGACAGUGUUUCACGACAUAUCGUUCAGGAUGGUCAUUAUGUUAACUCGAGAGAGCUCAAUCUCCUCCGAGUGAGUGGGAAACACCCUAGUAUCCCUGUUAUGCUUGGGAAUACUGCCAACGACGGUGCUUCGUUCUGUCAAUAUCCGCCUGCCACGAUCAAAACUCCGCUGGAAGGGAUCCAAAUAGCCUUGGGAAUUGACGAAAUCCAUGCUCGAAAAAUCAUGGACUCCGGUCUGUUCCCUUACCAAGAUACAGGCAACAUGACACUGGAUUCCUUUAAUGUAGCUCAACGCGUCGCUACAGACCUUCGGGUCCGCUGUGUCAACCAGGCCACUGCCUUCGCGGGAGCCACAUCCGGGCGGUUCAAGCCUUCCUAUUACUAUCAGAUGGAAAGGACUGUGGCUGGUCGGGAUCCUAAUCGUCUCGGAGGCCCGCAGGCCACGGCCGAUUAUCCUCACGGAGAUCCCGAACUGCCUUACUUCCGACUCCAUGGCUCCGAUCUCCCUUGGGUUUUCGGCAACUUGGAGACCAUUCGGGAUCGCUUGGAUCUCCGCUCAGUGGAGCUCGUGUCGGCGUAUUUUGCCGAAUUUAUUCGGUCGGGUCAGCCAAAUCCUUCGAACGAUUAUCUUCAGGCGCGUGGAUACUCCGGGGCGCUGGAGGCUAUCAACCAUUUGGAUCGAUGGGAAGAGGUCUCACAUUUGGAGGGACCCAUGCAACGCUUGGACUUUCCCAGUGCUCGAACCACUUUCCAGGACAUGGAGCAAUGUGAAUUCUUAGGGUAUCCGAUGACACACUACUUCCGUUGGUCUUGA